UGGAAGUUUUAGAAAACUCAUGCAUUAUGGCCAAGACGAAGGUGAUGAAAGAAAGGAGGAAGACCCAUGAAGAGCAUUUUGAUAAAAUCUGGGAUUACCAAGCAGAGAUAUUGAGGAGCAAUCCUGGAUCAACCAUGGAAAUUGAGACCAUACCAGGAGCCACGGUUGGAAGCAAGCAGCGGUUCUAUAGACUCUACAUGUGUUUCCAAGCACAAAAGGAAGCAUGGAAGAAGACUUGUAGGCCUGUUAUUGGCUUAGAUGGAGCCUUUUUGAAAUGGGACAUCAAGGGACAGUUGUUGGCUGCGGUUGGAAGAGAUGGAGACAAUAGGAUUGUCCCUAUUGCUUGGGCUGUAGUGGAGAUAGAGAAUGAUACAAAUUGGGAUUGGUUUGUGAAGCGUUUGGCCUUGGAUUUGGGAUUGGAAAAUGGGAACGGCUUUGUUAUAAUGUCUGACAAACAAAAGGGAUUAGUGAAGGCAGUUCAUACUCUCCUUCCAGAAGCUGAGCAUAGACAGUGUUGUCGCCAUAUCUACGAGAACUGGAGGAAAGGUGGAAAAGAUCUAAGGUUACAGAGGUUCUUCUGGUUCAUUGCAAGGAGCUACACUCCUGGUAUGUUCAACUACAACAUGGACGAGCUUAAGAACUAUGAUCCUGGCGCACAUGCAUCUCUGAUAAAGACAAAGCCAGAGACUUGGUCUAGAGCUUUCUUCAAGAUAGGCUCCUACUGUAAUGAUAAUCUGAACAACUUGUGUGAGUCCUUCAACAAGACCAUCAGGGAGCCUAGGAAGAAACCUCUGCUAGACAUGUUAGAGGAGAUUAGGCGCCAAUGUAUGACUAGGAACUACAAUAGGUCUAAGAUGGCUAAGGACAGGAAGACUAGGUUCACCCCAAAGACACAUAAAGAGUUAGACAGGGUUGAGAAGAAGUCAAAAGAAUGUAGUCUGCGUUGGGCAAUUGGGCCAGAGACUGAGGUGGAAGAUAGAGACCAGUCUUACGUGGUGAAUUUGGAGAAUGAGACUUGUGCAUGUCGAAGCUGGCAAAUGAAUGGUAUUCCAUGCAUCCAUGCUGCUAAGGUCAUCCUUGGCGUGGGUAGAAAACUCUCUGAAUUUGUUGCUCCUUUCUACACAACCUCUAAGUGGCGUGAAACCUACAGUUUUGGGAUCAGACCUGUAAAUGGAAGAAGCAGAGAUGAGAAUCGAGAUUCUUAAGGACGAGAUCGAAGAGAAUCGAGCUUGAAUCGCGAACUGGAUUUAUGAUUUCGCCCAUUUAGGGUUUAUACCAAUCGGAGGAGAAAACGCCGUCGUUUCUUUUUGAUUCAUUUAACUCGGAUUCAAAGAGAAUAAAAGAAACUGUGUUCGUACAUACAUUGCAAAGUCCACUAGCUCAGUGGCAAAAACCCCUACCAUUAAACCCGAGUGCACGAGUUCGAGUCGAUGGAACCCCAUCUUUUUAAUAAAAAGUUAAUAUAAAACGCGUCGUUUCAUUAAUUUGUCUUUAACUCGGAUUCGAAGAAUAAAAGAAAUUGUGUUCGUAAAUCUAUCGCAAAGUCCACUAGCUCAGUGGCAAAAACCCCUACCAUUAAACCCGAGUACACGAGUUCGAGCCGUAGGAAACCCAUAUUUUUAAUAACACAGCUAUAUAAACGACGUCGUUUGUCUUUAAUCAGACAAAGUGAUGAAACGACGUCGUAUACUUUAACACCCAAAAUAAACGUCCGCUUAAUUAACAGUUAACUCGGUUAACGGUGUGUUAAUCUGGUCAGUCAAUCGUAAGUUUCUUAAUAAACCCGAAAAGUCAACAAAAGUUCAUGAUUUUAUUGGCUAGCCCAUAUGUCCAGGUUUCUUUUGGCAAUUCCCGCAAAGUUCAGUGUUUUUUUGGCCGAUUUCUC